AUGGUAAGUGAAUCAACUCAUGGAGAAACCGAUAAACCAAUUAUAUUUGCACCAGAAACCUAUCAGUAUGAUAAAGGUAAGUUGAAUGAUGCGGAUAUAACCCCAGAUCCAAUCGAACAAUUCCACCAAUGGUUUGAAGAAGCAAAGAGUAAUCUUCCAGCUGGUAGUUCAACUUUACCAGAACUGACUAAUUUUAGUACUGCAAGACUACCACUGGGAAGAGUUAGUUCAAGAGUAGUUUUAUUGAAAGAAUUGGAUCAUCAUGGAUUCAUCAUCUAUUCCAACUGGGAUAAACUGAAGAAGAGUCAAGAUCUUGCUACUAAUAAAUGGGCAUCAUUAACAUUUUUCUGGCCUCAUAUUCAAAGACAAGUUAGAGUGGAAGGAUUAAUGGAAUUUGUCACAAGAGAAACCAGUGAACGUUAUUUUAAUACUAGACCUCGUGGAUCGAAAAUUGGAGCCUGGGCUUCACCACAGUCUCAAAAAAUAUCUGAAAGAAACGAAUUAGAUAAAUUAGAUCAAUUUUAUCAGGACAAAUUUAAAGACUUGAAAGACGAUGAGAUUCCAUGUCCUGAAUAUUGGGGAGGAGUUAGAAUAGUACCAUUGGAAAUUGAAUUUUGGCAAGGUCGUGUUAGUAGAUUACAUGAUAGAUAUACUUAUACUAGAGAAACAAUUGAAGAUGUUUGGGAUGUCAAUCGUAUAGCUCCAUAG